GGAGGGGCGGGGACUGUUGGCGCGGUCCCCGACAAAGCUCUAUAAUCUUUGGUUCCCGAGGCCCCGUCCCCUUUGCCCGUGCGGGCGGGCGGGUGAUGGCGCUGUGUGUGCCGAGGCCGCUGUGGCCACCGCGCUCGGCCCAGGCCGCGCUCCUGUGCGCCGCCGCGCUGGCCGUCUGCGCCUUCUACUACCUGGGCUCGGAGCGCCACAGCUUCUCCAGCAACAGCCGCCGCAUCAAGCUGGGCCGGGCGGGCGGGGGCAGACCCACUGACAGGGGCCCAGUCGGGCAGGGAGCCGGGGCCCAGGAGCCGGGGGUCGGGGCCCAGGAGCCGGGGGUCGGGUCCCUGCAGCCGGGGGUCGGGGUCAGCCUGGGGCCCGUGGCCCAGCAGCUACACGUCCUGAUGAUGCUGACCAAGGCGGACACGAACCCCGCUCUCCGGGCCAGGCUGGCCGUGGCCGUGCGCUCGAUGGUGGAGCGGGCAGAGCUGCGGGACGGGGAGCAGCUCCACCUUCACUUGGUCACCGACCCCGCCAGCAGGCGGCUGGGGGAGCCGCUGGUCCGGGAGCAGCUGCGAGCCGCCGCCUUCCACUGCCAGCUCACCUUCCAUGACGUGGACACCAUGACCCACGAGUUAUUCCCUGUGGUUGAACCGAUGCAGCAGCUCUUCAGUGCUGGCGCUGGCUCCUACUACAGUGACUCCAUUUUCUUCCUGUCCGUGGCCAUGCACAGAAUCAUGCCAGCAGAGUUGACGCAUAUUGUGCAGUUGGACCUGGAUGUGAAGUACAUGUCUAACAUCAGGGAGCUGUUUGAAGAGUUUGACAAGUUCCAGCCUGGAGCUGUUCUGGGUAUCGCCAGGGAGAUGCAGCCUGUUUACAGGCACACCUUUUGGCAGUACCGCCAAGAGAACCCUCACACUAAAGUUGGCGAUCCCCCACCAGACGGCCUCCCGGGUUUCAACAGCGGAGUGCUGCUGCUCAAUCUCCAAGCCAUGCGGCAGUCUGCUCUUUACAAUCAGCUCCUGGAUGCCGAGAAGGUAAGGAAACUUGCAGACAAGUAUCACUUCAAGGGUCACCUUGGCGACCAGGACUUCUUCACGUUGAUUGGAAUGGAGCACAUGGAGCUCUUUCACAUUCUGCACUGUUCCUAUAACAGACAGCUGUGUACCUGGUGGCGGGACCACGGUUAUUCCGACAUCUUUCACCUCUACUUCAAGUGUGAUGGCAAAGUGAAAAUCUACCAUGGAAACUGUAAUACUCCAAUCCCUGAUGAGUAAACACACAACAUUGGGACACGUGUACCGAUCCUUCACAACAUUCUCUGUGCCGCAAAACUUUACUCCUUUUAUAAGAAGUGUUUUGUUUCCAUUUUAAAACUUCUAUUUUUAUCUCCUCUUUGUUAUGUCUCUGGGUCUGUCAUUCUGUGAGUGACGGAUACAAAUAAUACAUUUAUUGUGUGGAAAACUGCAUUGUCAAAGUGGAGUACAUCCUGGAAAAUGUCAUCUCUCAUUAAACUCAUCACUGCUUUCCUGGAGUACACAACUUGUACACAAAAAACAAUAUACAAAUCAAUGUAUAAUCAUAUACAGACAAUCUAUGCAAAAAAACGACAACAGUGAAAACUGAAAUAGGAAGUGAACAUUUGUUGAGAUAUUCAGCAGGUCAGGCAGCAUCUACGGAGAGAGAAGCACGGUUCAUGAGUGAAAGAUUGUCGACCUAAAACAUUAUCUCUGGUUGUGCGGAUGCUGCUGAGUAUUCCCAAGCAUCGUUUUCCAUUUUAACUGUGAUAUUUACGUUGUUGUCUGCUGUUGCUUUCUUCCUUCCCCCUUCUCUUUGAGAAACUGUGGUGAGCCCUUGCUCCAGGGAGAGGCCUUGGCAAGCUCACAACUUUGCCCCACACAUCAUUCCAUUGUCUUGUUCAUAUUGUGUAUUUGAAACAUCUGUCUCACAUUAAUUUUUAUCAGAUAUGUUUGUUUGUUAAAUCAUUGGAUAUCCUGUGUAGAGAACUGUUUGUUCUUGCUGUUUGCUGGUUUUAACACUGUGUUAGAUGAAUUCAGAAGAAAGAUCUGGAAGAUUUACACAUAAGAACCUGAAAUGUCUUGACAGGGUGCAAGUGGAAAACAUGUUUGCUCUUGCUAAACUAAGACCAAGUAUCACCAUUUACAAAUCAGUCUUCACUCAUUUAAGAUGCAGUGGAGGCAAAUCUUCAUCUCCCAAAGGUAGAGCAUCUUCCUCAAAGACAACAAACACAGAGGUGACAGAAGGUAAGGCAGCGGUAAACAGAUAUUUGGAGAGCAGGCGGAUGAAAGAUUACUGCAGGAAAACCGGAACAGAAUUGAUGUUACAGUAACAUGAUCACGUUAAAUAAUGGGAUGGAGGGGGUCAAAUAAUGGGGUGGAGGGGGUCAAAUAAUGGGCUGGAGGGGGGUUCAGGUAUAAAGUGGUAGUGUACUUCUCCUUUUUCACAUGUUUGUAUGAAGCAUAUUUGAAAUGAUCAUUUUGCCCGAACGCACCUUAAUUCACCUGAACGAGCCUGUGAAGAUGAAGAAGACAGAAAUAUCGAGGUAUCUGUGUGUACAUUAUUGUGUCUUCCUUCAGAACAGAGAGAUCACUACAUUAAUCCCCACUGAUAAACUUUCUCAGUCAUUUAUCUUUCAUUUCCAUUUAACAUUUUAUAGAUUUGGUCUAAUUUGAAUGGUUUUGAAAGCUGACAUAUCCCAGUGGAAGGAUUUGGGGAAUGGAACAGUAUUUGCAGUUCAGAGAUUGCCUGUUAAUAAAGAUUGUGAUUGUUCUCAC